AUGUUAAGGGUCACACUAACAACUGAUUCCUGGCAUCUCAUAUUUAUUUCGAGCUCACCACUGGUGGAGCGAGGCUUGGGGUUUCUGCUGAAAAUGCCUUUCCUGAACCUGGCAUCAAUAACAAUGGAUAAGAAAAGAAGUACACAGGAUACAAUACGAUUGAUACGCAAAGUGCGCCAGCUUCAAGAUAAACUGUGCGAUGUCACGACCAACUGUUCAGCAUGUUUCGGAGUACCAGUUGUCUUCGUGAUGGUACACUCGCUGACUUGUCAGCUUGUUGUGAUGUACGCUUUUAUUAGGGUCCUUGCCCACCAGUAUGGUGGUACCGAGCUAAGCGACACCAUUUAUUACAUAGUUGGAUCGUCGUUGUAUGCGUUGCUGCCGACUUUUAGUAUUGCGCUUGCAGGCGAGCUGAGGAAAUCGUGUAUUACCACUUGGAAGCGAGUGCAUGGACUAAUCAACAAGGCUUCGUCAACAGAAAUUGAGGAUGAACUGCAAUGGUUGUCGGAACAGAUGUCUCACCGCAUGCCGUCCAUUGAUUUGCAAUGGUUCGAUGUUGAUUGGCCAAUCUAUGUGAAGGCUUGCAGUGAGUUGGCCACCUAUUUAAUCAUAAUGAUCCAAUUUGAAUCGAAGCUUUGA